AUUUUUGGGGGAAUUUGUUGAUUUUUUUUUUUUAAUAAAAGAAUUAUAAAUUAAUUUAAUUUUAGUAAAAUAGUUAAUGGAAUAUGUCUCAGAUGAGUGCUGAGUGCAAAAACAGACCCCACCAUACAUUGUCAAAUCUUAGAGAGAGAACGAAGGGUUCUGAAGGACAGCGAUCGCACGCUAAUGGCGCCAGAAAUUCUUCUUCAAUUGGCGCUCCUAACCCUAGCGUUAGCAAUGUUCUUCGUGAUCCACAGGCUCCCAAAAGGAGCCCUAACCAAGCUCAGAACCAAGCACCGAGCUACCCUCCUGUCCAACCGCCACUUCGUCCAAGGGUCCCAUCUCCUGGAUCGGGCGCGAUCCACGCCCCACAGGAUCCAAUCCUUGAACCACGCCAAGUCAGCUCUGCUCGAAGCCGAGAAGGCCGUCUCGCUCUCCCCGAAAGACCCCGCGCCUCACGUCCUCAAAGCCAUGGCUCUGGACCUCCUCGGCCACAAGACCUCCGCGCUGAGAUCGCUGGACCUGGCCUUGUCCACCCCGCGCGUGAGGUCAAUCGUCGGGAAGGAGCGCGGGGACGCGCUGGUGAAGAGGGCAGAGUUGAAGCUGGGGAUGAAUCGGAAGCGACGAGUCGACUCGGCGGUGGAGGAUCUGGUGGAGGCGGUGAGGCUGAGCGAGAAUAGCAACACGAGAGCGUAUUGUUUGCUGGGAGAGUGUUACGAGUGGAAAGGAAGGAAAGAGGAGGCCAGGGAGGCAUUCGAAAACGCCUUAAGGGUCCAGCCAGAUUCGGUCGCGGCUCGCCAUGGCUUGGAUCGGUUGAGUUUGUAGUCUUUACUGUCUUCAAAUUGCAAGAUUUUCUGAUUUUGCUUGACGAUGUUAAUAGGAGUUAAUGAAGACGCAAUUACUAGGUUUUCUGAACUUUCUUUUUCAAAUUUUCUUUCUUCUUUUGUGUAUCAAAUCUAGCAAAGCCUUCCCUUGUGGGGUUAGCCAUCCCAUUGAUGUAGAUAGAAAUGAAUGUAAAUAAGAUGAGUUUUAGUUA